AUGGUUGGGGAUUUGAGUGUUCGACGGGCAAUGAGCCGUCUGCACCACAAAACGGCGGAGCAGCGGCGGGUGGUGGAGGAAAUGCGGCAACGCGCGGAGGCACUCACGGCAAGUGGUCGGGCUUCGGCAAAAGCGAAGCAGGUGAAACCACCGCCGUUGUGUUUUCUGGAGGUGGCGGGGGAGGGAGACCUCGGGCGGAGUUUCUUCUCUGACGGCAUGCUAAGCGGUGUUGCCAUUGGCGUCUCGGACGCGCUAGAUGUGCGGGAGUUUCGAACGCGCUACGGGACCGAGUCGCAGCUGCUUCAUCAAAUGCCACAUACGGAAUUUGCUUUUGUCUCCUGGCUGCGUCGCCAUGGAGCACAGUUCAUUGGGAAGUUGGCUUGUCAGACCCCGCUAUCGAUGGGCGAGGCAAGUGUGCUUGUUCCGGAGUGCCCUGCUGCUGUGGCGGUAUAUCAGAAUGCAUGUAAUUAUGCCAUUGGAUCUGCUCUCAUGGGGCCAGCGGCAAUGACGUCGCCGAUACACUACGAUGUUGCCGCAUUUAAGCCCACCGCACAAUCAUUUGCGACCUUUACGGAUGGGUACAAAUUGGGUAUUCCUUCCAUGUCUAUUGGUGUAACAGCGGCUCGCCUCGAUGAUAUCUUCUACCUCUGGGAGGUAUUUACCUCAGCGAUUCAACCGAGUUACCUCCAGGAAGAAAAUCGAAGAGAGUCAAACACUGGAAACAGCAAAAAUAUUGGCGGAAGUACCGACACAGAGCAUGACAAUAAUGCCAGUAGUGUCAACAGCCGCGGCAGCAACAACAGCAAAAAAAUUACUAGUAACCGCAGCAACAGCACCAGUAGUAACAGUGGUGGUAGUAGUGGUAUUGGUGGUGGAGGGGGACGUGGGAGUGCUAGACAGUCACGUCUCACGGAUUAUAAAAGCUGGGAUACAAUCAACACGUUUGCUUCAAACGAAGAGCUUCGGGGCCGUCAUAUCGAGUUGUCCGUUGGUUACCCAGCGGACUGGAUUGACACACUCUGUAAGGAGCGUUUGCUUUCCGCCGAUGAGUUUCGUCGCCGUAUUCUCCGUCUUGCCGCGACUCAAAAUGCCAUGCGAAAGAACGAGUUACUGGAGGUCAUUCCAGUAACACUAAACAUUGACAUCGAGGUGGUGGUCAACGCCAUUCAAACCAUUUUCUUUUAUGAAAUCUCACGGGCCUUUGACACCCUCUUUACUCCAGCAAGCCACAAUAGAAACAGGGCGUCGUCGCCGUCACACGCCAAUACAAUGUCGCAAUUCGGUCUGUUGGAUGAGCUUCCAGAGGGGCUGGUGACAGCCAUUUUCAAUGGCAGGGCACUCACGAAUCUUGAUUACCAACGAGCCCUGCAAACUCGCGACAACGUUGUGCGGGCAACGGAGGAACAGUUUCUCGAUGUUGAUCUCAUUGUAACGCCCAUCCUAUCGGAACCAUAUGUGAACGGGAGUCUGCGCAGCAUCGGCCCCCUGCUGCCUUUCUCGCUUGGCGGCAACCCGAUGGUUUCGCUGCAGCUGGAGGCGGGCUUUUCGGUGGCGUUGAUAGGGGAGCUUGGGCGAGACACGGGGUUGUUUGAGGACUGCACGAAGUUUCUGGAGUUUGUGCGCGGGACAUCACCGCCGUGGUGGCGCCGAAAAUUUAUGAGGUGA